AUGGAUGAAAGGAAAGGAGAUGUUAGAAUAUAUGUUGUCUCAAUCCUCUUCUUUGCCUGCAUUGUUGCCGGCGGAGUCCUCCUCUGCCUCUACAUUUUUCUCCCACAAACAAACUCUACAUCCUCGUAUCCGGUUGCAGGAAUGAUCCUGGUCGGGAUCCCAUGGGCCUUUUGGUUUCUUGCUUGUUUAUACAGAUGCUGCAAGCCCCGGGCGGACCAACAACCCGACGAGUACGAGAGCAAUCGUGAACCUUCCCCACCCACCGGCCCCGCCAGCGGUGCAACAACUGCGGCCAAUACAUCGAACGAAGAGUCCCCCAUAAAUUCUCCGGUUGGCGAUCAACGCCGCGUGCAUUUCGGGGCAGUCAUUGUGCUUGGAAACGACGAGUGCGGCGACCAAAAAGAAUUUGGCCAUGAUUAUGGGUGA